AUGUCCUUCCAGCAGAACCAGCAGCAGUGCCAGCCCCCUCCCAAGUGCCCCUCACCCAAGUGCCCCUCACCCAAGUGCCCCCCCAAGAGCCCCCCCAAGAGCCCAGCACAGUGUCCGCCUGCGGCCUCUGGCUGCGCUGCGAGCUCCGGGGGCUGUGCUGGCCCCAGCUCCGAGGGCGGCUGCUUCCUGAGCCACCACAGGCACCACAGGUCCCACCGAUGCCGUCGCCAGAGCUCCGACUCCUGUGAUGGCGGCAGCGGCCAGAAGUUUGGAGUCUCCGGCAGUGGCCACAAAUAUGGGGGCUGCUAAUGACUUGAAUCAUGAAACUAAGUGAAAACAUUUGAGAAAAGGAAGGUCUGAAAUGAUUGGCACCGGCCCUGGCCUGGUCUUGCUGUUGCCUCUGUUUCCUGCUGAGAUGUUCCUGGAAGAGCAGAGUGUCCCCCAGAGUUCAUCCUGCUGGCUUCCAGGAACUCAGGGGUUCAUCUUCCUUUGUGUUCCUGUGAAGAAUAAAGCGGUC